AUUAAUAAUUAAGAAUAGUUCAUGGAGUGAAUUUAGAAUAGUUAGGGAUAGGAGAGAAAAAAAACUAAUGUAGACCAAACGUGACCGUUGCUUUGUGGUAAGAAGAAACACUUUACAGUCUUGGCUUCUCGUGAAUAGAGUGUUAUCUAUCAUAAUGCAAUGUAGGGUAUAUGCAUUGGCCAUGAUCUUAAAAACAAAAGCUAAUAUAAAGAUAGCCGUUACUUCCCGCCAACGCAACAAAAGCUCAAACUCAUGACUCCCUUUAUAUCUCAGUUUCCUGAAGAGGAAGCAACGAAUAUAUAUAUUCUUAAAGAAACUUAUGUAAUGGCUUAACUUUUUUAAAAAGAAAACUGUGGAUGAGAGAGAGACUUCAACCAAAACUAAAAAACAGAUGCUACUAAAAGAAGAAGCAGCAUAUAUACAAAAAAAAAAAUGGAGCUUGAACUAGGUCUGAAGAUCACUCGAACAAGAGAAGAUGUAUCUUCCUCUACAGAUUUCAAGGUUUCCGGAGAUCCUCUUUGUCAGGUCUCGCCUUCUCGAGAAACCGAUUCUGUGUUCAUCCUAACUCUCCAUCUCAAAGGAUUUAAGAAGAAGGGUAUUGAUAUGGAGAUAAACGAAGAAGGAGAUCGGAUUACUAUAAGUGGAAGGAAGAAAGUAGAAGAAAUGGUUUUGGUGAAGUGGGUGGAAUGGAAGAAGGAAACUGAGAUUCAAGAAUUCAAGAAAGUGUUUCGGAUUCCAAGAAUCGUCAAUCUUGACAAGAUCAAAGCUAGGUUUAGUGAAGAAGAUGAGACUUUAACAGUGACAUUUCCCAAGAAAGUUAAGGGGAUAACUGGUUUGAAGAUUGAGGAGGAAGAGGAGGAAACAGAGCCAGAAGAAGAGAAAACAGAGGAAAUAACAGAGCCAGAAGAAGAGAAAACAGAGGAAAUAGCAGAACCAGAAGAAGAAAUCGAAGAGGAAACAAUACCAGAGGAAGAAGAAGAAGAAGAAGAGAUUGAAGAAGAGAUAGUGGAGGAAGAAACUGAAGAAAAAGAAAGUAAACCUAAAAAGAAGAAAAGAAAAAAAUUUCGUUUUCCAUGUUUUGCAGGAUCUACUCUGCUUAUGUCAAUUAUUGUUUUCAUUAUUCAAUUCAUUCAAUCCAGAAGAAAAUGAGAUUAAUGAUUUAUCAUUAGGGUUUAUUAGGGUAGAAAAAACUUGAUCAAUACUAUGUAAUGUGAGUUUUGUGUUGUUUUUUCUGGUCCUUAAAUAGGUGACCAAAAAAAAUAGAUAAAAAAUUAUAGAAAACUGAA